CAAUUUUACAUCUUUACUCUAUUUUUUUUGCUUUUUAAAAUCCAACCUUUAUUUCAUUUCUACAAUGUCCUAUAACUACCAACAGGGAACCGGCCAGCAAGGUCCACCACCCGGAAACUACACCCAGCAGGGAGCUGGGCCUAAACCCAACAUGGGUCCCGGCGGAUUCGCACCACCUCCAAACAGCGGCCCCCACAUGAACCCCAAUCCUUACCAACAGCAACAUCAGCAGCAGCAGCAGCAACAGCGGCCUGGUGGCUACGCCAAUGCGCCCACCCCGUACUCCCAGGAUCAGCCCAAGGUUCACUGGGUCGCGGCUUCCGACAACCACAUCCCACCCCAAGCCGUCCAGGGUGGCGUGGAGAAAGACGGAACCCCCCUUUUUGUUGCUCGCGCAAGAUACAGGGGCGGACUGCAUCCGGGAAAAGCCGGACAGCACAUUCAAGAUGGCGGCUGUGCCAUCGGGUGGGGCCAUAAGGAGGUUAAUCUGGGGAAUAUGAGGUUUUGUGCGAAGGAUGAACUGGUUGUGCAGGGGUUUAGGCCUGUCGAGGCUGGGCAUGAGGAGACUGGUGAGCCGCUGUUUAUUGCAAAGUCCCUGUAUGAGGGGUCCCAGCAGCUGGGCAAGUGCGCACCGCAUAUCAAGAAGGGGAUGUCGUUUCCGUAUGGCCAUAAGGAAAGAACCACAGACGAGUACAAGGUUCUGGCUUAUGUGUAACUAGGCAUAUGCUUAACUUUAAUUUUAAUUAAACAACAUUUCACAAUUUAUCAUUAGUACCAGCUUACCAUUAUUUGAUUUUUGAGGAGAUAUAAGUUGAACAAUUUUAGUUACAACUUAUGAAAAUAGUAGUGUAUAUAUUAUACUUUUUUGCUCAUACAUGCCCAAAACC